UACCUAUAUAAUACUCUCAUACACAUACAAUCGUCAUUCUCUAUUUAUUUUUCUUUUUUUUUUUCUCUUAUGUCUUUCUGUAUUGCUCUUAUUGUGAAUUUUUGUAUUUAUUCUGAUGAUGACAAAAGAAUAUUGUCGAAAUAUCAAUAAAUAAAUACUAUAUGAUUAGUUAAAUCAUAAUGUUCGUUGCAGUUCUACACUUCAUUUUCUCUAUUAUUAGAAUUGUUUUAUUCAAUACAAUUUCAUUCAAUACUUAUUUUACCUUUCAUUUCAUUACAAUUACGUAGUAGUCAAUCUUAUGAAAGAUUUAUUUUAGAAAAUCGUUUAAAUUAUACUUAUGAAGAUAGAAAUGAUUUACCUAUUCUUAAUUGGAAAUAUUUAACACAAACAUUAAGACCAAAUAAACAUGAAAUUUCUAUUUUUCAUUGGAAAAAUGAACAAGAAAGAAAAGCAAAACCAGCCAAAAUAGCUGCUAAUAAAAUGACAGGACCUAUUUUUGGCGAUAAACCAAAGAAAACACCUAAUCAUGGUGAUAAAGUACAAAUUCAAUGUAAAGUAACGGGUUCACUAGCACUUGAAAUUACAUGA